CAAGCUGCAAGUGCUUUCAGAGAUCCAAAAGCCCCAGAAAUAUAUCAAUCGAUUCCUCCUAGACUCUCCCUUUUCUAAUUUUACCUUAUCCUUUCUUAUAACCCCAAACCCACCCCCACUCUCCUCCUCUCGCUUCCAUAAUCUUAAGAGAAAUGAUUUACCUCAAUGCUGCAUUCGUGCGCACCGCAGUCAUAAUCGCCCUUCUUGUCUGCUUGGUUCAGGCCGUUCCGGCUCCACACGCUGAAUUAACACUCCACGACGGCACUGAGAUUCCAGAUGGGAAAGAAUUCAUCAAAUGCAUGAAGCAUAAGUCCCCCGGCUUUCCGGACGAAGAUGCCACGGAUAAUGCAGUUAUCAAAGCAUGCGUGGGUGAAGAGCGACCGAAGCGACAUGCUGAUAGAGCCUCGGUCCCUCUUCGCGACGACAAAAACCCGCAAACACAUUGGGUCGAGUCCAACUUCAUGAAGUGCAUGAAGAAGAAACAUCCCAAUUUUCCGAAUGAGAAAGUCACAAAUGCGAGUUCUAUUUUUGAAUGCGAGGGUAUGGAGCAUGGGAAACGAAGUGUCGACCGUGGCCUAAUCUCCCGCAGUCUCAGAAUCGAUAUCCUUGGAAAAUCCCUUACGUUCAAAGCCGAGUGUGGCGAGGAAGAGAUUCCAAAAAAUUUCAAGGAAGCUGGACCGUUCCGCUCUGAAGCCGGGAAGUGGUGUGAUAAGAUGAAAAAGGAUGUGCUCGAUAAAGGUGCAACCACACUCAGCGAGACCUUAUCUGAUGCCGUCACCAAAGAGGCUUCUUGGUUUUACCGGAAUAAGAAAGUUGUGCUCACAUUGGCACUUGCUAUUUCACCACAGGGCGAGGCACUCCUCCGAGAUAAGGAGGGAGCAGAUGAGGCCUAUGACAAAUGGUGUAAAGUUGCUUUUGAACAGUUUGGCACCAAAGGCAAAGGAUGCACUAAGGAACUUGGUUAUUAUAAGGACAAAAUCCCAUUCCUCUGGAUCCCGAUAGGGAGUGCCACCACCACAACAGUAACCGACGGAUUCAUGAACUUUAUGGAGAAGCAGACAAUGAUUGGAAGCCUAGCAGUUGAUUGGUCACGGCCUUAAAAGAUAUAGCUAAGAUGCUCAAUCCUUUUUCUUCAAAUAUCCUUUGAAAGGACUUUGUUUAUGAUGUGAAGUCAAAUUGCUUUUCCUUUGGAAAUUGGUUGCCUCCCUAACACAGUUUGGAAAGGAGAAAUAAAAAGGCUUUUUGUGAUCUUGAUGCUGCAAUUUUGGACCUAUUGUUAGCUGCUGUCUUCUGUUAACUUGUCUCCACCUGUAUAUCACCU